CACCCAACUCCCCGAACCCCAUUCACGUGCGGCAUGAGUGACGUCGAGCAAUUUGAGCAGCUUGUGCUCCAGCUGAUGUCUGACGAGACCGAGGUGCGGACGAACGCUGAGAGCACGUACCGCGGCCUGCAGGGGCAUCCGGACGCGUGGGCGUCGUACACGCUGGCGACGAUGACCGACUCGAGCAACCCUGUGGUGCGGCAGAUGUGCGCAGUGCUGUUGCGGCGGGAUCUGUUUGACCGGCCGGAGGAGCAGCUGCUGUGGACGCAUCUUUCGGAGCAGGUGAUGACGACGGUGCAGACGCAGCUGCUGCGUGCGUUCCAGGAGGAGCAGGUGCCGAUGGUGAUGCGUGCGAUUUGCGAGAACAUUGCCGACUGCUUCUCGCUCCACCAGAAACAGGAGCAGGAGUGGCCAGAGCUGCUUCCGUUCCUCUUCCCGAUGGCGACGCACUCGAACCCGGACGUCCGGCUCAACACGCUCUUUGUGUUUGCGCGGAUGUGCGCCGUCCACGACUCGCCGCUUCGGCAGUUUGCCGAGCCGCUGCGUGAGACGUUUGCGACAGGCCUCACCGACUCCAACUCGUUUGCGGUCCGGCUCAUGGGCCUCAACGCCACGACGCAGUUCCUCUGCUCGCUCCGCGAUUCAGAGACGGAGACGAUGACGUACUACGAGCCGCUGCUCCCGGCCAUGCUUGAAAUUGUCUCGGACGGGCUGAACUCGGGCGUGGAGGACCACGCCAUGAAGGCCAUCCAGUUCUUCAUCGACAUUUCCGAGUUUACGCCCAAGGCUCUCCGCCCUGCGCUCGACCACGUGGUCAACGCCAUGCUCCAGAUUGCGACGACCGAGAAGCUGCUGCACCAGACUCGCCAGCUUGCGCUCGAGUUUUUGACCAAGAUCUGCGAGAGCGCGCCGGCCAUGAUGCGCAAGUUUGACAAGUUUAUGGACAACGUGCUCCCGGUCUGCCUCACCAUGAUGGUGGCGGUCGAGGACUCGCCCGGCUGGCAGGAGCACGAGGAUGAGGACGAGUUUGAGAUCGGCAUCUCGGACUUUGGCGAGCAGGCGCUCGACCGGCUUGCUGUGGCCCUCGGCGGCAACACGGUCCUGCCUGUGGUGCUCGAGUUUGUGCCGCAGAUGCUCAAGCACAACGAGUGGACGUACCGCCGCGCCGCGCUCAUCGCGCUCGCCGCCGUCGCCGAGGGUUGCCGCGAGGAGAUGACCGGCUCGCUGGCCGACAUUGUCAACUCGUGCCUCCCGUACCUGCUCGAGGAGAACGCGCGCGUCCGCUACGCGGCCUGCCAGCUCUUUGGCCAGCUGUGCAUCGACUUUACGCCGGCCUUCCAGAACACCUUCCACGAGCAGCUUGUCAGCCCGCUCGUGACGGUCAUGGGCGACGUGGCGAACCCGCGAACGCGGGCGUAUGGAUGCGCCGCGCUUGUCAACCUGGCCCAGGGCCUCCACCCGGAGCUCCUCACCGGGUACCUCGACGAGAUCUUUGCCGCGCUCAUGGGCAUGCUGGACAACGGGCAGACUCGCGUGCAGGAGCAGGCGCUCACGUGCGUGGCUGCCAUUGCCGAGCGCUCCAAGGGCGCGUUUGUCACGUACUACGAAGUCUUCGUCCCGCUCCUCAAGCAGAUCCUGUACCAGGCCAACGGUGAAGACUUCCGCGCCAUGCGCGGCAAGGCCAUGGAGGCCAUCUCCAUGAUUGGCCUCGCUGUGGGCAAGGAGCUCUUCCUCAACGACGCCAUCGAGGUCAUGGACCUCAUGAUCAAGAUCCAGGCCCAGGACCUGCCGCCGGACGACCCGCAGACCUCGUACUUCCUCGAGGCCUGGUCGCGCAUUGCGCAGACGCUUGGUGAGGACUUUGUGCCCUACCUCGCUACCAUCAUGCCUCCGCUCCUCGAGACCGCCGCCAUCAAGCCCGAGUACACCCUCUCGGACGCUGACGAGCUCGCCGACGUCCAGGUUGGCUGGCAGACCGUUGUCCUCGGCUCGACUCGUGUCCAGCUCCGGACGUCGACACUCGAGGACAAGGCCGUCGCCUGCCGCAUGCUCACCUGCCUCGUCCGCGACCUGCAGGGCGCCAUCUGGGAGUACGUCGACCAGAUUGCCAAGCUCAUGGUCCCGCUCCUCACCUUUUACUUUUUCGACGAUGUGCGGACGGCUGCCGCCGACGCCUGUCCCUUCCUCCUCAUGGCCACCGCCGACUACUUCAAGCGGACCAACUCGUCCGAUGGCGUCGAGUACCUCACCGGCCUCUUCGAGUACAUCAUCACCCACCUGCUGCAGACCAUCCAUGCGGAGCCCGACCUGGAGGUUCUCUGCACCUUCUUGGAGGCACUCUCCAACUCGAUCUUUGCUCUCGGCGACAACUGCCUCGACGAGAAGAUGAUGAACAACAUCGCCACCCUCCUCGCCAUUCUCAUGGACGACCUCGAGAAGCGCCGCGGCAUCCGCAACGACGCUCGCAACGACAUCGACUAUGACGAGGAGAUGGAGACGAGCCUCGAGCAGCGCGCCGCCUUGGACGAGCUCGUCUUCCGGCUCGUGGUCCAGAUCGCCUCGACUACGUUCCGCACUCACGGUGCCUCGUUCCUCCCCAUCUACGUCGAGGCCCUCCUGCCGCUCUUCAUGGAACUCCUCGACCCCGACCGCUCGCACACCGAGCGCCAGUGGGCGCUCUGCGCCAUGGACGACGUCAUCGAGUUUGCUUGGCCGGCCGCCCAGCAGUACAUGGGCGACAUCAUGGGCAACGUCAUCCGUUACGCCACUGACCCGCACCCCGAAGUCCGCCAGGCCGCCCUCUACGGCCUCGGCGCCGCCGCCGCCAAGUUUGGCGACGACUUUGCCGACCUCAUGGACAUCACCCUCAACAUCGUCCGCGAAAACUGCUCUUACCCCACGCUCGUGAGGGCGACCACGCCUACGCCACCGACAACGCCAUCGCCAUCCUCGCCAAGAUCAUCGCCCACCAGUCGAACAAUACCGAUACCUCGGCCCUUGUUCCCUACUUUAUCGAGCAGCUGCCCAUCAUGCACGACGUCGUCGAGGGCCAGUUUGUCUAUGACCUCGUCUGCUCACUAAUCGAGCAGAACCAUGCCGGGGCCCUCGGCGAGAACGGUGCGAACCUGCCCAAGCUCGUCUCAGUCCUUGCCUCAAUCCUCAACACACAGUUUUGCUCCGACGAGCUCACCCCGCGCGUCGUCAACAUCCUGCGCCAGGUCCACUCGUCGCUUGCCUCGGCCGACUUUGAUGCCAUUGUCCAGUCGCUCGACAAUGAGGUCCAGGCCAACGUCGCCAAGGCCCUGCAGUCUUGAGUCUGGAUCAGAAAAGCACCCCACACACUCUCCGUCACAACCCAACACGCACACUACAUACAUGUAACGCACCCGGCAGAGAUGUUGGUUUACCACAUCGGCACAAACUUGGUCAUCUGGUCACGCUGGUUCUGCGCAAUGCACUCGGCGAUCCACAGCAGGUUGCGGAUUUCCUGCUCCUUGAGCUUGAGGAACGAGUAGAAGACGCCGAGAUGGUACUGCUGGUUGAACGACUCCUUGUGCAGGUGGACCUCGUGGGCAAUAAACUUGUCCUCGAGCGAGUCGCCGCCAAUGCCGUCAACGUCGUCGAAGAACUGGUCGAGCGGAGUGUAAAAGUCGACAGCAGCCCGGACCAUGUCCAGAUCCUCAGCCUUCAGCAGCUUGUCGAUGCCCUCAGGGUAGAGCUGACCGAACGAGGGGUACAGCUUCUUCUUGUCAUCGACCGAGAGCUCGGUGCCAAACGAGUUAAUGGUGAUGUUGAUCGACCGCC